ACGAGCUGAGGCACCCAAUAACUUCCCCCGGCUGGUAAGGAACAAGGAGCCUUGUCCUUUCUACUGACAGGAAUUUUAUAACAACCCUUUGAUGAACAUAUCUCAUUAUUCUUCCUUUGUGCAGAGAGUCUCGUGUGCCCAGGAAGCGGUGAAAUGCAGGAUCCAAACGCAGACACAGAGUGGAAUGAUAUUCUGCGCCGAAAAGGUAUCCUUCCUCCGAAGGAAAAGCCACAGGAUGAUGAAGAGGAAGAAACAGAGAUUCUUAAGCAACAAUCUGUUGUAAAAACAUAUGAAGACAUGACGCUUGAGGAAUUGGAAGACAAUGAGGAUGAAUUUGGAGAAGAAGAUGAGCGAGCAGUAGAGUUGUACAGACAACAAAGAAUGGCACAGUGGCAAGCAACCCAACUAAAGAAUAAAUUUGGAGAGGUAUUAGAGAUUUCAGGACAAGACUAUGUCCAGGAAAUUACCAAAGCUGGGAAAGAUCUGUGGGUGAUAUUACAUCUUUACAAACAAGGCGUACCACUCUGUUCUUUAAUAAACAAGCACUUAACUGCACUGGCACGAAAGUUCAAAGAUGUGAAAUUUGUAAAAGCAAUUUCCACAACAUGCAUUCCCAACUAUCCUGACAAGAACCUUCCCACUAUCUUUGUAUACCUUGAUGGUGAUAUACGGGCUCAGUUCAUAGGACCUCUUGUGUUUGGUGGAAUGAAUCUAACACAGGAUGAGUUAGAAUGGAAGCUUGCUGAAUCAGGAUCCAUCAAGACUGACCUUGAGGAAAAUCCAAAAAAGCAAAUCCAGGACCAGCUCAUGACCUCGAUUCGUGCCUCCAUCCCUACAAAGAAAGACAGUGAUUCAGAGGAUGACUAAAGCACAGUUUACUUUUGUAUUGGUUUUUAUAAGUUGCUUGCACAGUUAUGUUCUGUGCCUAUACCUUCCAAAAUACUGUGUUAAUAUUCAAUGCUACAACUGGUAGACUUACUUCUCUAAAAUGACAUGGUUUUCACCAACCACAAGUCUUUCUGUUUACCAGCACGUCACAGAUACAGUAAAUAUCAAAAACACUAGAUGGGUGACAAUUUAAGGAGGGAAAAUUUGCCCAAAAUAUUUUUCCCUCAGUGUGAUUGUAACAUCCGCAGAUUCUGUGCAGUAGUUACAUAGAUGGCUGAACAAAGUGUUCAGUAAAUUUCAUUAUGUUUUGCUGUUCUGCCAUAAUAUGACCACAGGCUUUGAAAUAAUAUCUAAAUAAUGUUUUAUUGGCUUUAUUACCUUGACAACCAGUACCACUGAAAUAUUUGAAGCUUCAUAAGUAUGACUGCAUAGACCAGAUCUAUGUUUUCUAGAAUAUGAAUCCGCUGUAUGCCAGGCUCAAAAGUUAAUAUCAUUUGCAUCCUGAUGUCCUUCGCCCCAAGACUUCAGAAAUGUAGCAUAUGCUCUGUAGACUUAGCUGACAAAUUGGGCCCUGGAAGAAUAUAGACAUUAUGCACUUUCUUUGGAUGCAUCCCUUAGAGAAGUAAAGCUUGGAGCCAGAAGAGGAAACAAUCCAUAUCCUCAAUAUUUGGGUCCUGUAUACAGGAAAGGCAGAAUGUGAGAGUUCCUUGCCACACACCCUCUUUUUUGAGCAUCCUGCGAAGACAAAAAGAAAGGAGUGCAAAGUACUACAGAGCCCUUUGUUUUAUCUCUGCUCAGGGUGAAGAAUCUCCAUAUGGGUACAAAAGAAGUGUUCAGUAUAUAGUCUCUAAACACCUUAGUGCUCUUAAAGGGGAACCAAAGUCUAAAAUAGAAUAAUGCUAAAAAUGCUUUAUUUUGUAUAAUAAACAUGAACUUACUGCACCAGAAGCCUAAAUAAACAAAUGAUUUAUGCUUUCAAAGUUG